AUGUCUUUUCCUCCCACCCCCGCCAUGUCUGGCGAGUUCAUCAUCAAAGACCAGCCUGAGGGCACCGAUGUCUUUGCUCUGCCUCCUGCCGCAUUGAGCCCAACAGAUGAGAGUAGACGCUCCUCUCGUUCUGAUCCAUCUUAUAUACCUGCUUCGCCCACGUCACCGGAUCUGUCUGGACGUCGUGGUUCCCAAGCUGCUCGCUCGGGUAGUGGUAUGAAGCGACCACUGGAGGACUUUGAUCUGCCUCCGCCUCCUACUCGAACCCGCAAGAUUAUUCAGAUGAAGCCAAAGUCCCCGGCUGUGUCGAAGGGUUCGUCCAAGUCGAAGGACAGUAAAGGUUUGCCUCAGAGUCCCAAUGAGGCAGCCAAUACUACCACUUCGAAGAAGAAGCAGCCUAGUGCAACUAGUGCCGCAGGACGGAAGAUUGCCCGCAAAACAGCUCACAGUCUAAUUGAACGUCGUCGACGAUCAAAAAUGAAUGAAGAGUUCGGAACAUUGAAGGAUAUGAUCCCAGCGUGCACGGGACAGGAGAUGCAUAAGCUAGCCAUUCUGCAGGCAAGCAUCGACUACGUCAACUAUCUAGAAAAAUGCAUCCGAGACCUCAAAACCGCCGGCCCAUCCCAUACCCCAGCCGCCCCACCCUCCCCCACAUCCCCAGAAUUCAUCAUGGAAAACGGCCCCGAACCUGAAGAAAUGCGCGAAACUUCCUCUACAUACUCCUACUCCACAUCUGCAUCACCUGUCUGCUUUGAUCCUGCCAUGAACACGCAAAUGCAAAUGCAAAUACCGGAUACAUCUCCUUCCUUCUCUCCUCGCACUCAGAUUCCCUCUGCUCAGAAUAUCCCUGAAGCUGCUGCUUCUGUUCUCCCCAGUCCGGCGUUGGGUCCUAUUUGGGCCUCUGAGGAGAAGAUGCAUGAGCUUCAGGGGGUUGAUCACGAGGCUUCCGCUGCUUUGCUUAUGCUGACUCGGGAUCGGAGGGGGACUGCUGAUUCUAUUAAUGAGCAUUUCUCGGCUGGCACCGCGCUUAUUCCUCCGCCUGAGAAUAGGGCUGCUGUUCCUCCAGAGGCGCAGAGGAGGAAGGGGAUGAGUGUGAUGGAUUUACUUAUUUCUUGA